CGCACCAAAAUCAGAUGUUCUGUUUUUUAUAACAAAGUUUUUAUUGAUUUCAAAAACUGAGAUCUGGAUAUACUUUUGCUUGACUGCUGGGCCGAGGUGGGGUCAUGGAUCAGAUUGUGGAAGUAGUGGCUUUGUUGCUGUCGUUCGUCGCUUGGGUGAUGGUGGGGGUCACCCUGCCGAACCGUUACUGGAAGAUCUCCACCGUCGACGGGAACGUCAUCACCACCUCCACCAUCUAUGAGAACUUGUGGAUGUCUUGUGCGACGGACUCGACCGGGGUGCAUAACUGCAGGGAGUUUCCUUCGCUGUUUGCUUUGAGCGGUUACAUCCAGGCGUCUCGUGCCCUGAUGAUCACGGCGAUAGUGUUGGGCUCGUGUGGACUGCUCGCGGCCCUGAUAGGAGUGCAGUGUUCAAAGGCAGGAGGGGAAAACUAUGUUCUCAAAGGGAGGAUUGCUGGAACUGCUGGAGUCCUCUUCAUACUUCAAGGUCUGUGCACAAUGGUCGCAAUUUCCUGGUACGCCUUCAACAUCACUCGGGAAUUCUUUGACCCCUUCUAUCCCGGGACAAGGUAUGAAAUAGGAGAAGGACUUUACAUCGGCUGGUGCUCCGCUGUGCUCGCCAUUGCUGGAGGAGCCAUUCUCACCUGCUCCUGCAAAAUGGGCACAAAGGAGAAAUACCCGUUGCCUCUUCACACCAGGGGAACGGUGUAUUCUGGAGCAGCACCGUCCCGGAGCCAGGCUACCAGCACGUACGGACAAAAUGUUUACGUUUGAACCAGAAGUGAAAACUUUGGACAGAAAUCUCAUCUCUUGAUAAAUCCUGGAGUAAAAUAUAUUUGCAUCAGUUUUUUGUCAGCAUGGUGCUCAGCUUUUCUAAUUCUUUGCCAUGUGGAAAAGCUACAGGUCCAUCAUAAAGUAACACAGCACCAUCAAACUGUAUAUAAUCACAUUAUAUAAAGUGUGUGCUCUGUAAAAAUGAUAGCAUUGAAAUUAUAGAGUUGAAGUUGUAAAAUUUGUAAAAAGCUAGCUUCUUAUCACCUUAUUGCCACACAGAUGUGUGCAAUGAUUCUAUUUAUGUUUCGCACAAAUACAUUUUCAUAGUCACUUAUAUCCAAAGAAAUUGAACCAUUUGAUGAUCCUCAUACACACUUCCAGACAUUAAUUAAGGGGAAGGUCAAAAACUGUGAUAAUUCAGAUAUUUGUGUGUUGUUUUGUACAGUUUUAUAGAUAGUACCUGUGAAAAAGCGUUAGGGCAAGUUAUCUUUUUUUUGUUGUACGAUGGAGCACAAUAAAAAGUGUUAUGCUAAAUAUUUC